AUGUUGAUGGAAUUCAAAGAAGAAAUGCUGAGAACCUUUGAGAUGUCGGAUCUUGGCCCGCUGAGAUAUUUCUUGGGUCUAGAGGUAAAGCAGAAACCAGGUUCUCUGUUUGUGUCUCAACAUAAAUAUGCCGAAGAUUUAUUGAAGAAAACUAGAAUGUUACACAGCAAGGCAAUCUCUACUCCUAUGAAUUCGAAUGAAAAACUUUAUGUGAAGGAUAACUCUGGGAAUACAGACUCAUCUCGCUAUAGAAGAAUUGUGGGAAGCCUGUUGUAUCUAACACACACCAGACCGGACCUUAUGUACGCCGUUGGGGUGGUUUCUCGUUUCAUGCAAGCGCCUACAUCACAUCACAUGGGCGCUGUUAAACGAAUACUACACUACAUAUCAAGAACAAUGAGUUUUGGACUUCUUUACACCCACAAUGAUCAGUUCAAGCUCACUGGUUAUACAGACAGUGACUGGGGAGCUCGCCGGACGACCGGAAGAGCACCACCGGUUGGGUUUUUUCGCUUGGAUCAGCUGCAAUUGCCUGGAGCUCGAAGAAGCAACAGAUCACGGCUCUGUCCAGUACUGAAGCUGAGUACAUCUCUGCUACCUCGGUGGCUUGUGAAGCUGUGUGGUUGA